GAAACGGAGACGACCCAGGGGGCAUAUGAAUUACAUUCGACGACUGAGUCAUUGUCUCGGUUGCUCGGUUGGCAAGAAUGAAAAAAUUGCAAAGAAGCUUCCUGGAGGCCCCCAAUGCACUGCAUGAACCCAACAAACCAACCUUACAACCCCCCGAUUCUGCCAUGAAACCCUUCAUCUUUUCGGCGAAGCCCAAUGACGGGGCGAAGCAUUUCUUGGGUAUUACAAGCAGGGGCGAAGCGCUUUCAUGGGGCAAGAACAAUUUGGGACAGCUCGGAAGGGACACUGGCGGCUCCAACAGCAAGGAGCCCAAGCCUGUGGAAUGCGAAAGCAACGAGACAACAAUUCACUUUGUCAAGGCGUAUGUCGGCGGGUGUUCGGAAUCGGGUCAUUCGGCGCUCCUAGAUUCCAAAGGCUUUCUGUGGUUGGCGGGGUGUGACCGAUGGCAGCAGCUGGGGCUGGGGUCCUCUGCAGGUGGAUCCUCGGGGUACACUUGGAAUCAGGGAAGGGUCUGGCGCAACAAAUUUGUGCGCAAUGAGUUUUUGGCCAGCAAGAUGGAAGGUUCUAUCCGUGAUGUUUCGCUGGGAGGAGAUCACACAAUUGUACUAUCAUCCAAUCAAAGGGAUGUUUAUGUCUUUGGAAAAGGUGGAGAUGGACAGCUUGGAUUGGACGGGAAACCCUUUGUAUCGGCUCCGACCCGGUCCAAGACUCUGUCAUCGUCUGGGACAAAAAUUGCAGCUGUUUGCGCUAUGAAGCACUGUUCUCUGACGCUUGAUGAUCAGGGCAAAACGUUGGCAAAGACCGGCAGAUGCAGCCAUGUUGUCCAGUCUUUGGAGCAAUGUAUAAGGCGCGCAGCUUCGCAAAGACUGUUAAAUCGAGACAACAAAGCUGCGAGCUAGCAAGAUAGAUGCUGCAUUUUUGUGACCUGUCCUGGCUAUCGCAGUGCAUCCAACGAUAAACGCGAGCUUAUCAUUGCAUCUACACUAUUAAAUAUCAAGAGGCUUCUGUGUAGAAUAAUCACAGCUGUAGCCGUCACCAACGUGGCCAUUUGCCUGUUUCUAUCCUCACCAACCAUCAUAAAUGGUUACUACACAGCACGUGAAUACCCCACAUCUGUCACCUCCUCAGUCGUUUAAUGCAUUGUGGCAUUGAUUAUCUAGGUGCUAGCUCAAUAAACUUUACCAUCAUCUCACCUGCCGGAAGGCCCUCCUUCUUGUCUAUGCAUGCUGGGAGGGGCUGCCUCUUGAAAGCAUCACAAUUGGACUGAAAAUUGGGAAACGCAUGUUGCUUGUGUAGCAUUUGAGAGGGAUUUCCGUACCGGUAUACUUUGAAACUGACUAAGCCACGGAAUCCAGCUAGUAGGGUACCGGUUUAUGCACCCAGUUUUGGAGUUCAAGACCAGUGUCGGCCCAAAUAGUGAUGAUAUCCCUGCCCACCCAUUUGAUACAACUUUGACAGACCUCGAAAGGUUCCUAUGCGAUGCCCUUGUUUGGGGAGGAAGUGAGAUGUAUUUUAAGGGAAAUAGCAGCUUUACUGGCUCGAAAGGAAGU